AUGGCCGCCGGUAGCAAAGCAACCGGUUUUUCAUCGUUACCGGACGAUACCGCGGGUAGACCGACGUAUCCCCCUCCUUCGAAACGUAACUCGCCGUUCCUACCGACGCCUCUCGAAACUCUGGUGCUCCUCGUGUUCCCGAUACUCCUCACGUUCGGCACCAUAUUCUCAAUCAUCAGCCCGCAAACCAGGGCCUCGCCGUACGACCCGACGGGCCACUCACACGUGCCCAGCGCGGCACCGAGUUACUUCGCGCGCAAGGACAACGUGUUCAACACGUUUUUCGUCAAGCGCGGGUGGGCGUGGAUCAGCGUCGCGUUCGUGACUUUCGUGCUAACGCACCCGGCGCUCGGGGCGCAGCGAAGGAGAAUACACGCUGCGGCUAGGUGGGCGCUUAUCACGGCGUGGUGGGUGCUCGUCACGCAGUGGUGCUUCGGCCCGGCGAUCAUCGAUAGGGGGUUCCGCUUCACGGGCGGUAAGUGCGAGGUCGCGGAGGAGGCGGUGGCUGAGGGCUCUGCUGAUAAAGCGGAUGCGUUCACGGCUGUGGCGUGUAAGGCCGUGGGGGGCCGGUGGAGCGGUGGCCAUGAUAUUAGCGGCCAUGUGUUUCUGCUUGUGCUGGGGAGCUUCUUCCUGCUGCAGGAGGUGGGUUGGGUUGUGUAUCGCGCGGGGUUCGCGGGGGGCCGCGAGGAGAGGUGUGUUGUUAUGUCUGAUGGCGCGGUGAAGGGCGCGAGUGUUGAGGCGGAGAGGGCGCAUCCGGUUGUGGAUGAGGGGGUGCUGGGGUUUGGAGGGAGGUUUGCGAUGGGGAUUGUGGCGGCUUGUUUGUGGAUGUUGCUUAUGACUGCUAUUUACUUUCACACGUGGCCUGAGAAGUUGACUGGACUGUUGGUUGCUGCCGUGGGCAUUUACACUGUAUACAUACUCCCGCGGUGGAUACUGGGGUUGAGGACGCUCGUUGGACUACCUGGGAUAUAA